AUGUCUCUCCCACGCAUUUUAGCGCAGAUUGCGUAUACGAGUACACGGAUACUUGGAAAGGCUUUUACUGAGGCAGGUCGACAAGCGAUGCGGAAUGUCCGUGCUGGUGAAGUUGAAGGCGCCGUCACGGGUGCUGCACGUACAGGCAAGAAUGCACAGUCGGAUGUCUUGUCGCGGACACAUCGUAUGACACUGGACGAGGCUAAGAUGAUUUUAAACACUAAGCACGAUAUCUCGUUGGAAGCUCGCCGCGCUGGGCAGAUUACAGAAGAAAUUGAGAAGGAGUUGAUGGAAAGCUACGAGCGUCUCUUUUCGAUUAAUGCGCCACCUGCACCGAAAGGCAAGACGGGAGGUGGUAGUGGUUCGUUUUAUAUCCAGUCCAAGGUUGUCCGUGCUAGGGAGCGCAUCGAGGAAGAAUGGAAGUUGCUAGAGAAAAUGGUCGCGGAGCACCAGCAAACGCCGCCCGCUCCGUAG